CUGGUUGGCUUUGAGGGAAAAAUCGCAUUGUUCGAGGCAAUUAUCAAAAUUUUAGAAAGGAGAAGCUUUCUACCCGCCCACAGUAAAGUCCAGCAUGUGAGUCCUUGCCCUUUCACCAGAGUUGAUAUUUCCUCUGACGGAUCUCCGCCAUUAGCCAGAGAGCAUGUGCUGGGGCCAAAAGUUCAAUCCGUUCUACAUUGGACCCUAUCCGGAGCGCGCCUGCGGGAACUGUCCCUACGGCAUCUACUCGGGAUUCACGCGUUGUGGCUGGGAUGGCGGAAACGGACCCUUUGGCACCACCUUCUGUGAUGCAAAUGGAUGUCCGUCCGAUGGCUGCUGCGGAUCGGCUUAUGGGCCAUGCUGUGAUCCCAACUGUGGGUCAUGUUGUGGUCGAUCAUGCGGUCCCUGCGGCAGUUCCUGGUUUAGUCAUUGUUGUAGUCCCCGCUGUAGUCCGUGCUGUAGUCCCCGCUGUAGUCAUUCCCGUAGAUCUCGUGACAGAGCACACUGCUGCGUGAUGUGCUGCAGUGGCUUGGACUAUUGUGGCGAGUCCCGUUGCUGCUACCCCUGCUGCUGAGAAGGAAGACACCAGCUCCCGUAACUCUCUGUCAUCUGGACUUUACUGUAUGCGGUUAAUUGGUUUCUUGAGCAAAAUGUAUUGUGAAUCACAAACAA